GACUGGGCCCAUGGAGAGACCAGUGAAGGAUGGGAUCCUAUAUGUGCAGCACUCCAAAUUUGGAAAGAGGUCCUGGAGGAAGAUGCGAGCCCAGCUGUUCGCUGCCAGCCCCUCUGGCGUGGCCCGCAUGGAGAAGUUUGAUGUGCGGGAUGAUGGCACRAUCCCGGAGAAGACAUCCCUGCAGCGGUGUGCCCGCCGGGUGAUCCGCCUCUCUGACUGCGUUUCUGUGGGCCCGGCAAGUGCACAGAGCUGCCCCAAAGCCACCGCCGCCUUCUACCUCACCACCACGGAGAAGAGCUACAUGUUGGCGGCUGAGCAGCGGGAUGAAUGGAUCASCCAGCUCUGCCAGCUGGCCUUCCAGGGUGCAAAAGAGACAGUGCUGAGUAGUGCCAGGACCCAGCCCAGCCUCGCUGUUCCCAUGGAGGAGAACUCCCUCUACUCCUCCUGGCAGGACUUGACCGAAUUCCUGGUGUUGGUUGUCCAGACAGAUGCAGCCACUCGCUGUGGCUUGCAUGGGCACUACCUGCUCUCAGCCCUUCCCCAAAGCCUGACAUUAAAGGACCCCCAGUCCCGCCAGCCCCUCCUCACCUGGCCCUACCCCUUCCUUCGCAAGUUUGGCCAGGAUCAGGCUGUCUUCUCCUUUGAGGCUGGCCGCCGCAGUGACUCCGGUGAGGGCACCUUCACCUUCAGCACCCCACGGGCCCCUGAGCUGUGCCAGGCCGUGGCUGCUGCUAUCGCCUGCCAGCAGGGCAAGGACAUGCCAGACUCCAGAUUCUUCUGCGUCUCAGACCCCCAGCUCUUUGCACAGGGCCUCGAGCCCCAGCCCUGGGUGCCUGGCAAUGAUGAUACCCAGCCCAGCCCAGCCCUGGGGGGGACACAGUCUGCUUCCCACCCAGCUGCCAGCCUCCUCCGCUUCACCCCACCGGAGCCAGAGGGCUCAUGCCCCAUCAUCUAUGCCUCCAUUGCCCGGGGCCAGCAGCCCCUCUUUGUGCCAGGGCAGCCAGGCUCCGGUGAGCCCUGGGCCGUGGGGAAGCCACUCCCUGAGCAUCUGUAUGAGAACAUCUUCACUGCAGAGCCUCAUCCAGCCGGGGCACAGGAAGAGGAGGAGGAAGGGGAGUCGUACCUGGGGUGCCGGCAGGCCCCCGAGGGCCACAGCAGCGAGGGGGGGCUCCUCUAUGACAACCGGGUCACCCUGGCACAGAACCCCCGGGCCRCGGGCUGGGGGCGUGGGGGGCAGGAGGCACUGUCGGGGCGCUCCGGGCACAAGCCUCAGAGCACCCUCCGGGCUAAGCUGGUGCGGCUGCUGAGCCGGGAGAGCCCAGGAGCGCGGGACUGGGCCUGAUGUGGCCGGUGCCGUUUGGUCAAUAAAGG